AAUAUCCCAGUUUUAUGUUUGAAGACAUAACAAGAAACAACACGUCAUUACAUGAAUAUAAAAAGGGCAAAAUACCAACUUUAAAACUCGUGAGUGUAAUUUUAGAAAAUUUAUUUUGCUAUUUUUCUAGUCAAAUCUCCUUAUAAAUGCGUUUCAUGACUUUUUUUAAUCUCCUUUUCUGUUUCAUCGUCUUAUACCUGCAGUCUUUCUUCUUAGCACAUGUGAUUAUUUCAUUCAGAUCCUGGAUUUUCUGCUCUACUAUCAGACCUCUCCAUUAACAAAAAACCUUCCAGGGGCUGAAGGGGCGGGGCCUUGCUGACGCGCGUUCACUAGCUCCUCUGCGCGCUCCCGGUCCUCCCCUCCUCGUCACCUUCAGUGGCGCAGCUCGGUGCGUAAAGUUGAUCGUGUGUGCGUCCUCCGCUCCAACAUGCCUCUCCUCCCCCUGCAGACAUGGGACCUAUCCGCUGUGAGUGGACUCUGACCGGCCCUGGUUCUCCUCCUGCCCGCCCUCUGCUCUCCAUCAGCCGGGGAAACCCUGCGGCGCGACUCUGAGCCUUUUCUCCGCCGCCACCACCACCACCACCUCCUCCACCUUAAACCACCACCGAGCCGCGUCUUUGUGCCGUUUGUCUCAUUUAUGGACUCCAGAAGCUCCGACUGAGAGCACCGCUUGUAAUUGUCCGUUGACGCAGCUGAAGAUGGAGACGGUGAUGGAGCGGGAGUGCAGCGCGCUGGGGGGGCUGUUCCAGACCGUCAUAGGAGACAUGAAGGGCAGUUAUCCGGUCUGGGACGACUUCAUCAGCAAGGCCAGCAAACUGCAGUCACAGCUCAGGACGACGGUUGUGGCGGUAGCAGCGUUUCUCGACGCCUUUCAGAAGGUGGCUGAUCUGGCCACCAACAGCCGAGGAGGAACCAGGGACAUCGGCUCAGCCCUCACCAGGAUGUGCAUGAGGCAUCGCAGCAUCGAGGCCAAACUCCGCCAGUUCUCCAUGGUUUUUCUGGACUGUCUGAUCAACCCUCUACAGGAGCAGAUGGAGGAGUGGAAGAGAGUCGCCAACACUCUGGACAAAGACCAUGCCAAAGAGUACAAGAAGGCCCGUCAGGAGAUCAAGAAGAGAUCAUCUGACACCCUGAAGCUGCAGAAGAAAGCCAAGAAAGCUGAUGUCUUUGGCCGCGGGGACCUGCAGCCUCAGCUGGACAGCGCGAUGCAGGACGUCAGCGAUAAGUUCCUCCUGCUGGAGGAGACGGAGAAGCAGGCGGUGAGGAAGGCGCUGGUGGAGGAGAGGAGUCGCUUCUGCUGCUUCGUGUCCAUGCUGAGACCCGUCGUGGUCAGUGAGACGUCCACACACGGGGAACUCACUCACCUCCAGACGCUGACAGACACCUACAUCUCACCAUGACCCUCACAUCCUCCGUCCUCCUCAACAGAAACCUUCUCCCUGUCUCUUCCUGUCCAGGUGAUCGUGGACCUGAAGGGCUCAGACUGCACCUGGUCCUACCAAACUCCGCCCUCGUCCCCCAGCACCACCGUAUCCAGGAAGUCCAGCAUGUGCAGCAGCUUGAACAGCGUCAACAGCAGCGACUCUCGCUCCAGCGGCUCACACUGCCACUCCCCCACCUCCCACUUCCGCUACCGCGCCUCCUCCUCCUCCUCCUCCUCGGUGCUGCCCCAGCAGGUGCCGGCCCGCCUCUCCUCCGUCUCCUCCCACGACUCCGGCUUCAUGUCCCAGGACGCCUUCCAGUCCAAGUCGCCUUCACCGAUGCCCCCGGAGACGCUGCAGUUGUCAAACGGCUUUGACCUCCAUCACGCUGGGGCCCAGGACUCCCACCUCCACCCUCCAUACUUCACCUACUCCUCCACCACCUCCCCCAUCUCCUCGCCCUCCUAUUCGUCCGUGUCGCCCUCCUGGCCGUGGUCUCAGCCUGCAGAGCUCCCUCCUCUCGGCCCCUCGGGGCUCGGAGCCGUCCCGUCGUCCAGAGUCCCGUCCUGGAAGGACUGGGCCAAACCAGGUCCCUACGACCAGCCCCUGGUCAACACCCUGAAGAGGAGCAGCCGCAGAGACACUACAGAUCCCAGCAGCCACCAGGAGGGCGGCACGCAGGGGGGGGAGGAGCCACAGGGGGGGGUUAAAGGAAGCCACGGCCUGACGUCCCCCAAGGUGGACAGGGAGACCCGGGAGGAGUUGGCCAAAGCUCUGGCCCGUGGCCUCCAGCUGGACAUCCACGGCUCCAGCAGAGACUCUGUCCAGGGCUCCAGCGGCUACAGCAGCCAGACCAACACCCCCUGCUGCUCCGAGGACACCAUCCCCUCACAAGUCUCAGACUGUGACUACUACUCUGUGGGUGUGGACCAGGACGGGGACCAGCAGGCGUCCCCAGACUUUGAUAAGUCGUCCACCAUCCCCAGGAACAGCGACAUCACUCAGUCCUACCGCCGCAUGUUCCAGUCCAAGCGCCCCGCCUCCACCGCCGGCCUGCCCUCCGCCCCCUCCGCCGUCAUCACGCCGGGCGUGGCCACCAUCCGACGGACGCCGUCCUCCAAACCCAACCUGCGCCGGCCCUCGGGGGGCCUCAGCCUGGGCCCCAUCCCCAUCAAGCCGCCCAUGAUCCCGGUCAAGACCCCGACUGUGCCUGAACUGCCCGGUUUCCCCAGCAGAGCGGCGCCGGAGGAUCGGACCCCCUCCGGCACCCCGCUGUCGCCCAAGUCCGUCCCCUGGGAGGUCCAGCAGCAGGGCCAGGGGUCGGACCCGCCCUCCCCGCCGCCCCAGCCCGGGGGCCGGCCCUCGGAGUGGGAGCGGCGGCCCCUCCCGGAGCUCCUGGAGGAGACGGAGUACGGGGAGGUGGAGGACUUCCUGGUGGCUAUCAGACGAGGGGUCCGGCUCAAAAAGACCACGAGCAACGACCGGUCUGCUCCGAGUAUCCACUGAGACGCCCGGGCCGGUCUGGGGCCGGUCUGGGGCCGGUCUGGGGCCGGUUUGGGGGCCGGUCUGGGGCCGGUCUGGGGGCCGGUCUGGGGGCCACGGCUUCAGAAUACUGAAAAGGAAAAGAAAAGGUGAAGUGGUGCGAAGGGAAGGAGGAAGUUGCCCGGAAACUGAUGGAGAUCAGCUCUCAAAGUUUUCAUAUUUACACUCUUCAUUUAUUUAUUACUGCACUGAUCCUGGAGUAACACAACCUGUACGUACACAAUCAGAACCACAACAAUCUCCUUCACGCUUAAUGGAUCGGAGCGAAAUGAGGACGAGGACGGAAGAAGAUCUGCAGCUGAACUCCACUGAUCUCAGAUCGUUUCCUCGGCAACUUCAGGCGAGAGUUGAAGGGACAUGAAUUAAUUAAUUAAUGAAAUGAAACUAAGGUGAGCAGUGAGAGGAAGGAAGUGAGGAUGGAUGAAGGAGGGAGAGCUGGAAGGACGUGGGAGUAUUUUCAGAAGAUCAAAUCACUAUUUGUGUGUGUACAUAUUUCUAUUUUGAUGUGUGUGUUCGUUCUCCAUUCGCUCCUUUUACGUAGUCGCCAUUUCCUCUAAAGGUGCCAAAAGCCCGAGUGCUGGAUCCUACUUAGACAUAUUUAAUUCAAAAGGAUGCUGGAUUAUUAUUAUUAUUAUUAUUAUUAUUAAUGUUAAGGUUUUUUUAAGUGUAAAGGUCAUAGAUAGAGGGUGUUUGAGUAUUUGUACAUGUAGAGUAGCGAGCUGCAGAGUGUUUGUUGCUAACAGUCGACUGACUGCAUGUUCUAGAGUUGGCUCCAGUACAAAUGAACCAUUUUGCCUUUUAAAUUAGAUCCAUGAGGGAAUAAAAGUCCCGGGACUGGAUCAGGACGCCAGCGCCUGGAUGGAUUAAAGGUGGAGCGAAGCCGUCAGACCCGAGUCUUGACCUCGGUGACAGGAACCACUGGCAGCUCUAGGUUUUUCCUCACAAACAUGCAGAGAAUUGCUAACGAACAUGCUACAUGCUAACUCCCCGCUAGCGUUCAAAGCUCCCAACGCUGCAGCCGAUUGGUUGAAGUUCUUGAUCCAAUCGAAUCAUCCCAACAAAAACGUCCACAUCCAGAAACUCCUAUAAAAACUAAACUGAUUCGUAUUUAUUUCUGAUUUUUUCUGCAUAAAUCUCUUCAACCACUUCAACACUUUACAAAAAGACCAAGAGUUCAGUCAUUUUGAGGAUUUUAACCCUUUAAAGUUUGUUUGAUCCUUGAAGUCACACAUUCAAAAAGCUGCUAAACUCAAUGACACAAGGACAGAAGUUAAUGACGUAUCAAACAUUUUAUUCAUAGAGCGAAAUGGAUUUUACUACUGAACACUAAAAAUAACAAAUCUGACCAUUUUCUCCUGAAUGAACCCUGAUAUCACAGAAUGAGUGAUUUUAUUGUGUCAUGGCUGAGACAUUAAUAAACGUGGUUAUAAUGGAAGUCAAUGGGACAUAUUUAGUCGUAAAUUUUAAAUCUGACAAGAAAACUAAUGAUGCAAACAAGUGAAUAUUUUAGAUAAUGUUGGUCACUGGUCAAUGUUUUAUGGAAAACAGCUAAUUUUGUUUGAUUUAAUAUUUAUUUAUUUUUUGUAAAAAACAACAACAGUGACUUCAAGUUAUCAAAGUGGAAUUUAAAUGUUUAAAAUUCCUUAAAUUGAUUUAAUUUUUGGUAUUUUUGUAAAGUGAUUAUAUGAAAAAUAUAUAAAUGAGCUCAGUUUUUAUAGCAGUUUUAUUUUUCAUGGGUCUUUUUGUCCACUAAGGACACAGGAGGGUGGUGGAUGUUUGUUUACAGUGUUCUAAUUAAUUAUAUAUAUUAAUUAUUUUAAAUCUGUGUAGAGAUAGACUUUGUUACACAACAUUGUGCCAUAUGAACCGACACAGUCAAAAUGAAGAGGAAAGUUUGUCUCAAAUGGACAAAAACGUCCCUGAAUUUGUCUGAGGGUUAAAGUUUUCGUCCUUUUAGAUCCUGAAACCUUUUACAUUUAUUAUCAGCUCAGACCAGUGCUGCUGUAACUUAUUAUUAGUUUGUGCACAAACUGAACCGGGAGCUCGUGGUAACCAGGUCAUGAAGGCUUCCUCCACCUUCAUUCAGAGUCAGAGUCAGAGUCAGACCAUCGGGACUGUUCAACGCUUAUUUUACCUGUUUUUAAUUCUUGUAUUAUUAUUUUUAACACUCAGUUUCCUAUAAAGCACUUUUAUGAUGUGAACAAAUUCAAAAAUGCACAAAAGCCAAGUAAAAAAAAAAAAACCCUGAGUUCAUGGUUCCAGUUAUAAUUUAACGUCGCAGACGUAGAAUCUGUGACGUGUGUUAAUCUCCUGCCGACCGUGUAGCACCGGACAGUGUGUUAGUUUACUCUUAAACAGGAGCAGUAUCCGUAGCAAACUGAAGUAACGUGGAUCCGUGUCUGCACACGUGUUAAUGAGCAGCUGUGUUUUAGUGAAGCUGCUGCAGAGUCAGUGUUUUAAUAUCUAAUAAUCCUGGGACAGCGCGCUGCAAUAACCUGAUCCAUAUAUUUAAAAGUCAAAUAAUUAUAUCUGGUCUGUGUAAAAGUUGUAGCAAUAGUGAACUUUCAAAGAAUAGAUUUAGAUGAACUUCCAGACGAAUGAAUACGGAGUCAUUAGACUGGUCCCUGUCUUAAUAAAUUCAAAUACACAAGUUAAAAUAUUAAAAUAUUAAAGUGUUCAUGAUACUGGAGAGAAAACACAACAUCCUGAGAGGUGCCUGAGCUGGUCUGGAGUUUUAUCGUUUGGUCCUACGCUGCGCCGCCAUGUUGGAAGUCUUUUAGCUUUUAGCUCUUAGCUGUUAGCUUUUAGCUCUGAACAAACUAUUACAUGAAUUAUUGAAUCGUCGCUCGUUGAGUUUCUGAUAAAAACUGUGUUAACUUCAGCCAAGAGUCAGGAGAGAACCGCUGCUAGGAGGCUAACAGUUUAGCAUUAGCAUGCUAAUGGGAUGAUGAAAGGAUGAGGCCGUGGGGAAAAUCGACAUUUUCCCCGGACAUAUUUUAAACUUUACGAUCGUAAAACCCAAUAUGUCGUUUUCCUCUGGUUUCACUCAUAAAAACCAUUAAAGGAUUCAACCAACACAACGACGUUUUAACUGUGUUCCAGCUUUGAUUCCUCCAGAACUAAACCACUUUGAGCUCAUUCAUGGUCUUUGUCUCUUUUCAAAGACACAAAAGUCAGAAUCUCUCUAACACGUUCAUGAGCAGCGUUCAGGCUUAUAAACUGCUGUGGUUAAAUUAUGUUCUCUUCUAACCUAAACAAAUAAACCCUGUAAACACAGAUCGUGUAUUUGCAGACUUAGCAUUAGAGGAGCUAAGGCUAUGGCUAAGCUAAUGCUAAAGCUAAGGCUAAGGCAAUGGCUAAAGCUAAGGCUAUGGCUUAAGCUAAGGCUAAGGCUAUGGCUAAAGCUAAAGCUAAAAGGCUAAAGCUAAGGCUUCCGUCGCUGACCGGUGACUAAACGCUGGGAUUAAACGGCUCCGACUAAAAUCCAUCUACGUGUAACAGAGUUGAUCUAAUUUUGCAUAAAAACAAACUGUGACAUUAAUGUGGCGUCAUCUUUUCCCUGUUAAUUCGUUUCGUUUUUUAUGUGUUGCCUUUCUAAACUGCCAGCUGUUCCGUUUCUAACCUAUUAACACGUAUAUUUAAUAUGCAUGUGGUUCGCUUCUUUUCUACCCGAACUUAUUUCCUCGGCUCCGUCCGACCUAGAAAAAGCAUUUUAGACACCGCCUGCCGUUUAAAUCUGUUUCCUACUCUAUGAAGACUCUCUGAAGCCCGUCCGCUUUUAUAAAUAAAUAUAAAAUAAAUGUUUUUGUUUCAUUUCGGUGCAGGUUUCAGAGAACAGUUGUGUAGCUGAUGCGAUAACAAGCGUAUGAAGCCGAAUGUUUGAGCCUGUUCACACUGUUACUGCGUCUGUUUUAAUGGUCUCACACGCUGAGGACGAGGAUUAGUCCUCAGUGUGUCCUCAGUGUGUCCUCAGUGUGUCCUCAUUGUGUCCUCAUUGUGUCCACAGGUCUUUAUUCUGUGUGUGUCUUCACCCUUUAACGCCUUUUAUUUCAGACAAGUUGCCAAAUUUUCUACAUUUGUUUUUUUUUAUGUUCCUACUUCAGGUGCUCUCUCCUAAAACAGUUUCCCUCAUGAUAUCAAACAUUUGCUGAAUAUAAUUUGAAUAUUUAAAAUGGGGAGUGGGGACGUUUGCGGAGGGAAAUAAUACAAAGAGUUAAAUCUGACUGGACGUGACUUAUUAUAUUAUUAUAUUUCUGUUGAUAAAUGUAAAAGGUAUUAAAUCAUCUAGACCUCCCAGGUUUACCCAGUCUGCUCUGAUUGGAGGGCGGGGCUACAAUUAGUUCACGCCCCUUCGUUCAGGAUGAGUCAUCAGCAAAGAAACACCAGAUCAGAUCCUGUAAACUGUAGAUUAAAUGAGUUCUCUGUGAGGUUUUAUUAUUUAAAAAAGAAAUGAAUGUAAAGUCUGUACUGUUAAUCAGAUUAUUACAUUAUUAAUCAUUUAAACCAUCAAGAGUUUUAAUAAAUCGACAUGUUUGUGUCUGUUUGUUUUUCUAUGUGUAACAGCUGAUUCUUUUUUUUUUCUUUUUUUUUAAAUAAAACCGUAGCGAACCAGGUGCAUCUGAGGAAACCUGCAUUUUGAUUGAUUUAUUUUAUGUUUUUAUUCUUUUUUAACGAGGCUGAAGUAGGAAAGUCUUUACUUUGACUGUUUAGGAUGUUCAGAUUAUCUCUGGUCUGACUUUUCCAUGCGAGACAUUUGAAUCGUCCCUGAAUAAAACUGAUCAAAUACA